CGUGGCAGCCUUUUUGAUCUACAAACCUCUACCAAUUAUUACCCCUCUUACGCCACCAUGUCCGGAGAAAUGGAGGUAGAUCCGCCAGUUUCGCAUGAGCAGGAGGAAGCCCCGGCGCAAUCUGGCGGCGGCUUCGAGCCACGAACCCAGGCCGGGGCUGUUGCAGUGCGCAGUAUCGAAGGAUGGAUUGUGAUCGCCACCAACAUCCACGAAGAAGCAUCAGAGGAAGACGUGACCGAUCUGUUUGCGGAGUAUGGAGAGAUUAAAAACUUCAACUUGAACCUUGAUCGCCGGACGGGUUAUGUGAAGGGAUACGCCUUGAUCGAAUAUUCCACUCUGCCCGAAGCUACAGAAGCCAUCAAGAACUUGAACGGAACCAAGUUGCUCGACCAGACAAUUCAAGUUGACUAUGCAUUCGUCCGGCCGCCUCCCUCGAACAAAGGCAAGGCUGGUGGGCAAAGAGGUGGUGGUCGUGGUGGACGAGGCCGCAGCAGGAGUCGCGAGAGGAGUCGCAGCCCCGGCGCUGAUGAGAGGGAGUAA